AUGGCGCCUUCAAUUACCUCGAUCGCCGAAGAGGAUCAAUCUGUCUCUUGGUCACUUCAAUCAUUCGCCGUCAGUAAUGACUUCAGAUCCCCAGGCCCGGCGAAUCUCCUGCUCGAUCGUGCAAACUCCGAAUUCGGCAUCAUCUACCAAACUGCGCCUGGUAUUGCGACAAUGGCACAAUUCCCAGAUACUGAUGAGCCUGUGUACUUUCAGGUUUCGAGGGCGCUCUGCGUUAUGAUGCAGCAUCUCCAGCUCAAUCUGGUGUUCACCACAGCCGACUAUGCUGCGGAAUUUUUGCAGUUGUUGGGACGCCUAGCCACGAAGGUCGGCAAUUCCUAUUUCGAAAUCUACGAGGCUCCUUCCAACGCUGCCCUUUCUCGUGCAGAUUUCAGCAUGGAGAAACAAGGUUUCACCAACCAGAUUACCCAGACAUGGAUGGCAAUACCUUAUGCCGACACCACUGAGUGGGCCCGUAUCUACCAGACAGGCAAAUGCUCUGACUUUACCAUCAUUGCGGGAAGCAGGGUCUUCCCGGUCCAUCGUGUCUUACUCAGUUCACGAUCGCAGUACUUUGAUGCAGUCUGUGACGGACGGUUCACAGAGACUGAGCAGCGCUCGAUCAAACUACCCGAGAACGAGAACAUUAUAGCCAUAAUGCUGCAAGAAAUUUACGAGGUAUACAAUACUACCACGGGGUCGAUCUUCACAGGCUUCGCUCUCGGACGUGAGAUCGAAAAGGAUCGUGUUAUUAACGACCUCCUUGCGCUGUUCAUUGCUUGUGACAAGUACAACCUUGAGUCUAUUAAGCAGAGAGUAGCAGCUGCGAUUAUCGACCGCCUACCCUUCAUCCACGAUUCGCUGAGCAUUGUUGACCUAGCUGGCUGCCUAUACGAUGAGAACUACCCGAAAAUAGAUCGCGGUCUUCGUAAGGCCACGAUCAAGCUACUGCAGGCUCGGCUACCCGCAAUUAUGGAGGAUGAAGAUGCUUGGAAAGAGUUUUCAGACAACAAGGUUGUCUUGAAAGCCUUCCACGCUUACCAAUGCGAGAUUACGGACAGUGAGUUUUCUACUGGUGUGCACACGCCGCCAGCUACUCCAACGAAGAACAUGCCCUCCGUUGACCCCAAUGUUCUAGAAGUCGUUUUCGGCUCACUCCUGAUAAAGCCAUGGUACCCAUCAUUCUACCCUGAGGAGCUCGUAGGAAGGCGUGUAGAGCGCUUAUACGUGUGCCAAUGGUGCUUCAAAUAUAGCAAGGAACUGAUGGGGUUCUUGGGUCAUUUGAAAGCAUGCCCACUCGGCAAAACGCCACCACCGGGAGUCAAUGUCUAUACCAACGAUAACUACUCGCUCUACGAAAUCGACGGCGAAAAGCACAAACUCUACGCCCAAAACCUCUGCCUCUUUGCGAAGCUCUUCCUCGAUACGAAGUCUGUAUUCUACGAUGUGACUACGUUUCUCUACUACCUGCUGGUGGCACACAGUCCCACACCGGGAAUAUCGCAUACAAAUCUCGGCAAGGAUAGAACAGAUAGAGAGGAGAUAGGGGCGCAGGGACAAGUGGUGGGCUUUUUCAGCAAGGAGAAGAUGAGCUGGGACAAUAACAACUUGGCGUGUAUACUGGUAUUUCCACCAUGGCAGAAGCAGGGGUUGGGGCAGAUAUUAAUGGGCGCAAGCUAUGAGAUGAGUGGGAGAGAGGGAAGACUGGGUGGACCUGAGAAACCCCUCUCCGACCUCGGCCGCCUUGCUUACACGCACUACUGGUCCGCAACCCUCGCGCGCACCAUCCUGUCCUGCCCCUCCAAAAAGAUCCUCACGGUUCUCGACCUGCGCGAUAAAACAUACAUCGUGCCCGAGGAUAUCAUUGCGACAUUGCAAGCUAUGGACGUACUAGAUCACAGGAAAAGGGGCAGCGCGGAAGCGGUAAUCAAUAAAGCCAAGGUUAGAGCCUGGGCAGAAAGUAAUAAAGUUGAUUUGAAGGGAAGACCAGUGGAUCCUGAAGCGUUUGUUAUGCGGGAGGUCAGUAGGAAUGGAAGCGAAGAGUCUUGA